CGCGGGUGGGUGGCCGGGCGUGGAUUGCAGGGGGAGGCAGCCGCCGUGGGGACAACCCCCCCAGUCCAGGAAGCCCCAUAGCGUCUCUCCGGGGCGAGGGUCCUCAAGAUGAGCACAGGCUUGCGGUACAAAAGCAAGCUGGUCAACCCAGAAGAAAAACAGGAUCAUGAGAAGCAAUAUGUGGGGUUUGCCACCCUGCCCAAUCAGGUACAUCGGAAGUCUGUGAAGAAGGGCUUUGAUUUCACCCUCAUGGUGGCAGGAGAAUCUGGUCUGGGCAAAUCAACCCUGGUGAACAGCCUGUUUCUGACAGAUCUCUACAAAGACCGAAAGCUUCUCAACGCUGAGGAAAGAAUAAAUCAGACGGUAGAGAUUGUGAAACAUACUGUGGACAUUGAGGAGAAAGGGGUCAAGCUGAAGCUAACCAUAGUGGACACCCCAGGCUUUGGAGAUGCCGUGAACAACUCAGAAUGUUGGAAGCCCAUCACUGACUACAUCGACCAGCAGUUUGAACAGUACUUCCGGGAUGAGAGCGGCCUGAAUCGGAAGAACAUCCAAGACAAUCGAGUGCACUGUUGCCUCUAUUUCAUCUCGCCCUUCGGCCAUGGAUUAAGGCCGGUUGAUGUGGAAUUCAUGAAGGCACUCCAUGAAAAAGUGAACAUUGUUCCCCUCAUUGCAAAAGCCGACUGCCUUGUUCCCUCUGAGAUUAAGAAGCUAAAAGAACGGAUCCGGGAAGAGAUCGAUAAGUUUGGAAUUAAAGUCUACCAGUUUCCAGAAUGUGAUUCUGAUGAAGAUGAAGACUUCAAGCAGCAAGACAGAGAAUUGAAGGAGAGUGCCCCCUUUGCAGUCAUUGGCAGCAACACGGUGGUCGAAGCCAAGGGCCAGAGAGUCCGAGGACGACUCUACCCCUGGGGCAUUGUGGAAGUGGAAAACCAAGCACACUGUGACUUUGUGAAGCUACGGAACAUGCUGAUCCGAACCCACAUGCAUGACUUGAAAGAUGUCACUUGUGACGUUCAUUAUGAGAACUAUCGAGCACAGUGCAUUCAACAGAUGACCAGCAAACUGACUCAGGACAACAGGAUAGAGAGUCCAAUUCCAAUCUUGCCACUUCCAACUCCAGAUGCCGAAACAGAGAAGCUGAUCAAGAUGAAGGAUGAAGAGCUGCGGAGAAUGCAGGAAAUGCUGCAGAAAAUGCAGCAGCAAAUUCAAGAACAGUGAGCAGAAGCCAGGAUGAAGAGAGCGGACGGGAGUGCACCCUUGGGUCUGUCUGCCGGUGGCUGCUUUAGGAGUUUUUCCUGGGAUUAAAACAAGCGAAGAGACUGGGGAACGAGGGUCACCACCCCCUUUCUCCCUCCAAAGCUGAUGAACGGGCUGCAAGAUGCCAGCGAGAUGGGAAGAGAGUCCACCUCCCCGCUUCAGAAGAGGUGUACUAAACUCUUCUCCGAGAGCGUUCUGGUAUUUAAAAAGAAAAAAGAAAAAAAACAUUUUGGGGUAUAUGAAAUUUGAGGACUCUGUGAAGAUGCACGUAAAUGUUUACUCCUAACCACGGUGCUGUGAUUCUCUUCCUCUUUCCAGCCUUCUCUCCCCUCACUUUCUUAACGCCCGCCUUUCUGUGGGGACAACAUGCUGAUGAACACUCUGAACAAAAUGCUUGGGAGACUUCCCAGACCGAUUUGAUUUUGCUUGGAGAACUCUCUUUUUCGUUCUCCCCCCCCCCCCGCCUGUUUUGAGAUGGGCAGCAGGAAGUGGGUUGGGUUGGGAGAUAGUCUUCUGAGGGGUGUCUUCAUUCCUGAUGGAUUGUCCACCCUGCUCCAUCCUCCAAGAAACACCCGGUGUUUUUGGAGUGGUGGGCAGGGUGGAACAGGAGUAAAAUAAGUUUCGCGGGUCAGAAUGCAAACUUCGGCCUUUCCUUUCGAUGGCCUAUCUCCCCAUAGAUGUGUGACUUUUCCAAGUGACCAAGAUUUGUAUCCGUACUUUGAGAUUCACCAUUGUCUUUGCACACAGGCCUGUGUUCCCCCUCCUGCCAGACCCAGAUAAAAACAGGAUCCACCGAUAAACUUCUGUAUUGGUUCUUAAGCUGCUUUCUCUGUCCUUUCCCGCGUCUCCCAAUUUCCACUACGCGGGAACAAAGCUUGGAGCAACAUUUUCUUUUUGACUCCCUUGGGUCUCAGUCAUUUUGGCUUCGAUGCAACAAUGCUCCCCGUGCGAGGAGCUUGGUUUCUUUACCGGGUGUAUUGUGGGUUUUGUAGUCUUAAGGCUGUGGGCGAGGCUAGCGACGUUGCAGCUGCAAAGCUUGGGGAAUGCCUUAUUGACUCCCAAGACCUGAUAGAUCAUAGACAGAGAGCUGACAUUGUAGGACAGAUAAAAUUAUCCUUCCAAGCCCUAAUCCUGCUAGGUACAUCCAUGUUCCCUAAUAAAGAUAGGCAGAUAUGUUUCGCGGAUACCUUUGAAUUCCCCCAAUGCUCGAGUGGCUGCGUCCAACCCAAAACCUUUAUUUACCAGAGGGGAAAAUGACAGUGUUGCCUCCUACAACCUUUCUGGCUUCCCAGUUUGUUUUCUAUCUCCCUCCAGCUGAUCCUGGUUUUUAUUUCUGAACCAGUGAACCCGCUUCCAAAAUGGGGGACUCGUGCAUAGGCUACAGGUGAUUGCUUAGGUCCUUCUCAACCGUUAUGUUCUGUGGAAGCGUCAGAUUGCGAGCAGGGGCCCUUUUGAAUUCCCAGGACGCUGCAGGGCCCUUUGUGGAACCCAGGGGCAUUCUGGGAAAUCCAGGUAAUGGGAGACGCUGAUGGUAGAAGUAGAAGAUCUUUGGCCAGCCGGAACAUAGGACUGGGUACCUUCUCUGCUGUGACUGAGGACAGAAGAAUUGGUGGGCUACAUAUCACUGGACAACCACCUUUCUACCAAUCUCACCAUCUGUUACCUGAGACAUCACUUUGUUCACCUGUCACCCAGCGUUGCUGGGAGUCGGGUUUCAUAGUACAUUUAAUAAAUUGGUGUUAUUGUUCUGCCUAGUGCAGUGUUGCUCCACCUUGGCAACUUUAAGAUGGGUGGACUUCAACAUGGCUGG